AAACCAGGAAGAACAAUGGCUGCUACUUCGCUUAUUACAUCCUCUCUGUUGUCCACGAAAGCUCUUACAGUUCCUUAUCUAAACCAGCAACCUUUGCCUGUCCGGACUCCGAAUCGCGUCACUAGAAGGGCCAAGAAGCAAGGCUCUUUCACUGUCCAAGCUGCCAAGCUUCCUGCAGGAGUGGAAUUGCCAAAAGUUCAACCAAAAUUUGACCCACCAUUUCUGGGUUUCACCAAGACUGCUGAAAUAUGGAAUUCCAGAGCUUGCAUGAUUGGCCUCAUUGGGACUUUCAUUGUGGAGUUGAUAUUGAACAAGGGAAUUCUUCAGGUCAUUGGGGUGGAUAUUGGGAAAGGUCUUGAUCUUCCACUCUGAAAAAAAGCCAUGAAGAGCUUUCAUCAACGAAGUCAACUCUGUAAUUGCACAUUUGAAUAGUGUGUGUACCAAAAACACUCAAUUCCUGUUAUUGUAUGAAGUAUGAACACAGUGCAUUUUGCGCAAUCUACAACUCUCAGUACAUAUCA